AUGGGCAUAUUGUGGUGGGCUACCGGCUUGUUAGUAGGGCUUAGCUUCACCUCCGGAGUUUAUGCCUCCAACGCAGGAUUGUACCCGCUCGCGAACCGGGGAACACUCUACCAUCGAGAUAUAUGGAACGACUCCACCAUUGUCCCAAAUGCCGUAAAGGAACCAAAUGCAACCGGAAGCUGGCCAAUCGUCGGUAUCGACCUUUCCAAACCAUUAGUGAAUCCACCGGACUCGACUCUAUAUGGCCGAGGUAAUGGUUGGAGCAUCGAGGUAAAAGUUGCAACCAAUAGAACCAAUGGCGAUACUCCCAAAGUGGAACCCGAGAGAAAUGCUGUGUGGAACAUCAACCCCAUCACCAUCGACCUCGAAGGGCCCCAGAACGCGUUCGAAGCAGGCAACGCCAGCAACAACUACUCCUUCUGCUCCUACGUCUGGAAUGGAAUCAGCGACCCGUACACUAAGAAAGACUUGGAGACAUUGGACGAAGACACGGAUGGCUCUUGCAACGGCUGGAUCUCGAAUAUGUGCAUUGAGGAUUUGAAGCAAGCAGCCAGAACAGCGCGAUGCAACUCAACCAGCGGUGACCUGAUCCACAAACCGGAUAGCUGCGGCAAGAAGAUAGACCCUCUUUCAUACCUCAUAAGGAACUUGACGAACCAGACAGAGGCAACAGCAAACAACGACACCGGCCCGGUUUACAGUCUGUACUCAUGGGUGGCUGGUAUUUUCAACGCUUCUGAUGAGAAGAAAACCAACGACUCUUACGACGAAGCACUGACAAGAGUCUGGCCUGUCGUUUUGUCGUUCAACUAUGACGAUGGCGAAAACCAGACGGACUAUCAAGUCUUUCGAUGCGUUCGAGCAAACAACGUCGUGCAAGGGAGUCGUGAGCCUGACGGCUUUGGCGAUAGACCCAACGUGGCAGGAAGUCUCAGAUGGUCCGUUUCUACCGUGGCUCUGGGUUUAGGCAUUUCAUUAGGGAUCUCUUUUGUGUUUUGA